ACAAGCUCUGAAGGCUAAAGGUGGCAGAUUUUCCCCUUGGAGAGGGGUGAUUAACUGCGAUUAUGAUGAGAACAGAACUCACUCAUUGUCGGACAUCUUUUUAGAUCAAGAUUGUGGAUUCUGUUGAACGGUUCCCAGAGCUAGAUUUUUGUGGCCAAAAAUGGGUAGAUGGGUCUACUACAACAGAACGCAUUCGGAGUCGCUGUCGGGCAAUCCAUUCCCAGGUGGCAAGACGGCGUCAGGGCAGCCGAUGUGGGUGGUGAGGACCUGGCAUCAGGGUUACCUGCUGCCAGGCUACGCCGUCGACGGCACCGGCUACUUCGCCUUCGAGGGUCAGGUGGUCAAGAAGGACGAUUUCUACGUGUUCUUUAGCGAUGGCUACAACUACUACUUCGCGCCCAGUCUCAAUCAGCUGCAAACGGACUAUUGGGUCGUCGGUGGGCAGACGCCGAAGAAUGAAAAAUUGUACGUCGGGAGAAUCCGCUCAGGAUUUGACUCGUCAGCCGUCGGAUCGGUGCUUGAUGGAGUUUGCUCUGCUGUCCUGUUGGAAAAGAAGGUCGUGGAAACCAGCUCUGACGAGUACGGUUUGCUCCAGAAUAUCUUCUUAGGUGGAUAUUGUGAUGAUGGCAAUUAGAAGAAACAACACCACUGAAACUGGCAGAUACAGUUAGUUGAAUUUUGUUAUGAAUAAUUAAAAAAAUCUUGUUUCCUUCAA